AUGGCGCCUACUUUAUGGGACGUUCCGAACUGGGGCCUUCCUACUGACAUCGCUUGUUGGUCCAUGUUCGCGGCCAUCUUUAUCCUCGUUUCACUCCGCAUUUUCACCCGAAUAUACUACGGCUCCCAAAGAUCCGUCGGAGACCUGGGUUUGGAUGACUGGAUCACAAUCGCCUGUGUGGUGGUUUUCUUUGUCACCUGCGUCCUUUUCAGUAUCUCGAUACACUACGGAAUCGGCACCCGAAUGCACGAGAUCAGGCCGCCUCAAAACGUCAAGGAAGCGCUCAAGUGGAACAUCAUCUGCAGUCCAAUCCUGAUCUGGUGCUUCUCGUUGCCCAAAUUUGCCGUCAUCGCCAUCCUGAAGCGAAUUUUGGAUUACGGUCGAAAGACGUCCAUCCUGUUCUGGGGCCUUGCCAUUUCCUCCCAGAUCUGCGUGCUGAUCAGCUCGAUCUGGUGGGUGGUCCAAUGCCGCCCAAUAGCAAGAAACUGGGAUCCGGAUGUAGAGGGCGAGUGCGCCAGCAUCAACGUCCUUGGAGACCUGGGUUAUGUCACAUCAGCCUACUCGGCCAUUCUUGACAUCUUCUUUGCUGUGUACCCAGUCCCUUUCAUCAUGCGGCUGAACAUGCAGCUGAGAGCCCGUAUAGUCUGCUCCAUAGCCAUGGGGCUCGGCUUGCUUGCUUGCGCCAUUUCAGUCUACAAGCUCGCCAAAUUUGGCGAGACGUUCGAGAUGUUGGGGAAAGAUCCAACGUACGCCGUCGCGGUUCUCAACCUACUCGGCAUGGCAGAGGGUGCCGUGCUGAUCAUCUGCGCAUCGAUUCCCUCCCUCGGUCCGCUCUACCGAGCCAUCAAACGAAGACAGAACAGCACUCGCGGCGCCUCAAAAGCAGAGAGCUUGAGCACCGGCAAAACAGCCAGUGUCCUCCGAGCCAAGAGCAGCAACCCGACGCUUUCCAGCCGAGACUGGGAGGCAUUCAGAGCGUUGCGCCUCGACGAUCCAGAAAGAGGCAAAGGUGGCCCUGGCCGGCUGCCACGGAGAAACAGCUCCGACGUGAUACCGUUGAUGCCAAGUCCUGGUUUACGCAGCCACAGUCACAGUAGCCGCGGUCGUUGCGACUGCAGCUCCGAGAACAUAAAUGAUGGAAGCUCUCCUGGCACCAUAUCGGUACAGAAGACGGUGGAUAUUACUAUAUCUCGAGAUGAUAUAGGCGAUACCGACGCUGCGAUACCUGGGAGGGCGUUAUAA